CUGUCAAACAGCUUCCGAAUCAGCUGAUUUUAAACGUCUUGUGAAAAAGCCUAUAGAAGCAACAAUAAUAUCAGUUGGAUUAGUGGCAGUGUCGUACAAUAUUCACAUAAUACAAUAUUAUUUUAUUUUCGAAUCCCCGAACGACAAUGGGAUCCUGUGAAUUAAAACUGCUCAAGUUUGUUCCUCCGAAAUCAUUUGUCCAUCAUGACUUUUGGUAUAAAUUGGCGGAUAUUAAAUUGCACAUCGACAAGCUGGUGGAUUCAGCGAAAAAUGUCUAUGCUUUCGUCACGGAUUUCGAACGAUCCAAACUCUUGGUGGAAGUCGAUUGUACUUCAUUUAACAGUGAACAAACCAUCUCGUCGUCUUACUUUAAUUGUCAUGGAAUUCUAUUGAACAAGAACACUAUUGAGGAGUUCAAAGGAACGGAUAAAAAUGAUCUCUUGAAGCGGACCAGCGAUAACUACAUGAAGCAAUUGCUGUUCAAGGAUAAACUCGGGCACAGUUCAGAGAUAUUUUUCUUUAUACUCUUCUCAUAUGCGGACUUCAAAGCUCAUAAGUAUUACUACUGGUUUGCUUUUCCUGCCUUACGCGAUGUUGUGUACAGCUGCCCGAAGGAACAGCAGCUGUUAUCCUCCCACUUCCCAGAUGACCUUCUUGAUAGGUUUAAGGAACAAAUGCAAGCUUUUCAACGGAUGGCCGCAGAGCUAGUAUUCUUGUAUGACAAAUCUAAUAACGCAAUACUCAAGUUAUCUGAUCUAGUCUGUCAUAAUCAUAAGGAAGACAAUUUCAAAGAUAUCAACUUAGAUAACACGUACAUUUGCUGUGAGGAUCGUUCCGUGGACGAAAAUCCUAGUUGGUUUUUGAGGCAACUGCUCGGGUAUUUAGUUUUCACCUGCCCACAACUUGCGGAUAAGGACAUCAAAUUUAUUUGCCUACGACAAACAUUGCAGACAAGUUUAGUCCUGCAUGUUACAAUACCUGGCACUGAUUACAGUAUUGAGAGUAGUCUUUGGACUGGAUGGGAAGCAAACGAGAAUGGCAAACUCGUCCCAAGAUUGGCAGACAUGUCCAAUGUUAUGGAUCCUCAAAUUCUAGCGGAAAGAUCAAUCACAUUGAAUCUCACCCUGAUGAAAUGGAGAUUACUACCAAACCUAGACCUAGAUGUCAUAAGUCGAACAAAGUUUCUUCUGCUUGGGGCCGGUACUUUAGGCUGUGGAGUUGCUCGGUCAUUAUUGGCUUGGGGAGCUCAAAACGUAUCGUUCGUAGACUGUGGUAAUGUUUCGCUAUCAAACCCGGUUCGCCAAAGCUUAUAUAUCUACGACGAUGCAAUGAAUGGAGGAAAGCCUAAGGCCGCAACAGCAGCCCAAAGAUUGAAACAAAUUAAUCCUUGUGUUAAAUCUACCGGAUAUUGUGUGAAAAUUCCGAUGCCAGGACAUCCAAUUGGCGAUUCUCAACUUGAGGAAACUAACGAGGCGCUGGACAAGUUGGAGAAUCUUAUCAAAGAACACGAUGUCAUUUUCUUACUAACGGACUCGAGGGAGAGCCGCUGGCUUCCAACCAUGCUGGCAGCGUAUUAUGGAAAGAUAACGAUCAAUGCUGCUCUCGGGUUUGAUUCGUUCCUGGUCAUGCGACAUGGAAAUCAAUCAAGUACCUGCGUCCCACAAAGCGUAGAAGUGAAAGGAUACAAUGAAGUACCGGGCUCUCGUUUAGGUUGCUACUUUUGUAAUGAUGUCGUUGCACCAGGAAAUUCAUUGAAAGAUCGUACCCUGGAUCAACAAUGCACUGUCACUCGCCCUGCGGUAGCCUGCAUUGCAUCUGCCCUUGCUGUUGAGCUAACCGUAUCAUUACUGCAGAAUGAAGCCAGAGAUGGCGCACCAGCUUAUUACAAAACAUCGAAUGCAGCUGAUAAUGUGGAAGACAUUCCUGAGGGCAUUCUUGGAAUAAUACCACAUUCGAUCAGAGGAAACAUCAAUGCUUUUAAUUACCUAGUCACAGCUACUGAACGGUUCUCACAGUGCAUCGCAUGUUCAAAGCAAAUAUUGGAUCAAUUCGACAGAGACAAAAGAAAGUUUGUUAUAGAUGCAUUGAAUUCGGCAAAAAAUUUGGAGGAUAUUUCCGGUAUAUCAAAUUUAACAUGCGAUGUUGAUGAGAUGAUCGACUUCAGCGGUAGUGAUACUGAGUAAAAUGUUUUAUUUCUAAAUGUCCAUACGCUCGUGUUUAAAAGUUGUGCUAAUAAACAGUUUAAAAAUUCAA